AUGGGUGGACACCUGCCUGAACUGUGGACUCCUCUGCUAUGGUUCACGAAACAACAUCACAGUUAUGAUUCACUUUUCACUGAAACAAUUAGCACACUGUUCUAUGGAGUCGGUAACCUAAAGGAUUCCGUCCGUCAUUUCAUUGCCAUAAUGGCUGCCACUCGACAUCGUUGUUCAUAUCUAAUAAGCCUUCAUGAACGGGAGUUUGAACGCACGGGUGGCGAUCCGAGAUGGUUGAAAGGAUUGAAGUAUGUCGAUGAUCCAAAAAUUCUCAACCUCGACAGCAUCAAUGUGGUAUUGGCUCAUCAGCCGUGGCUCGUGGAUGGAGAUUAUAUAACGGGUCUUGUGCAAGGAGAUGCUAGAACACACUGGUCACUUCAUGACCUUGCGCAAGCGGUAGUCAUUCUUAGUCAAUGCGACUCACUGCUCUUUCAUUUGUCAUGA